AUGCGCAGGUAUGUGCUGAAGAAUCUGGUGCGCGACUGGGGGUUGGAGGGGGCGGCCGAGCGAGCGCAGUCCUACGGCCGCGUCGUGGCAGAGCUGCGCAGCCGCUACCAGGAUAGGCUGGCGGAGGAGGGAACAUCGCCACGCGUACUGGUGCCGGGCGCUGGGCUGGGCCGGCUGUGCCUGGACAUUGCCAAAGCAGGCUUUCACACCCAGGGCAACGAGUUCUCGUACUUCAUGCUGCUGACGUCAUCGUUCAUGCUUAACCACUGCGAGCGGCCGCAGCAGUGGACCAUAUUCCCCUGGGCGCUCGCCAGCUGCAACCAGCCCUCCGACGCCGCGCAGCUUAGGCCGCUCUCUAUGGCGGCCGGGGAUUUUGUGGAAGUGUACGGGAGCCCAGAGCAGGAGGGGCAGUUCGACUGCGUUGCCACGUGCUUCUUCAUCGACACUGCGCACAAUAUCAUCCGCUACUUGGAAGUCCUGCGGCACUGCCUCAAGGAUGGCGGGCUAUGGGUAAAUCUGGGUCCGUUGCAGUACCACUGGGCAGAGGCGCACACCUACUUGGAGCCCGGCAUGGCCGACUCAAUCGAGAUCCCCCUGGAAGAUGUGGAGCGAAUUGCCGGUGAACUGGGAUUCCGAAUGCUGCGCCGCGAGAUUGUUGUCGCCGGGUUCAACACCAACCUCAGGAGCAUGCAGGUGUCCACGUACCGCUGUGCCUUCUGGACAAUGCGGCUGGAAAAAGGCUGA